AUGCGACAAAUUCUAUCAAUUCUUCUCCUCGUCCUAUUCGCCAAAAACGCGGAAUCGUGCGGUUUCGGCUUCGGCGGCUACGGAUUAGGCGGUUGCGGAGGAGGAUAUGGUUUAGGUCUUGGUGGUUACGGCAUGGGUUACGGUAUGGGUUACGGAAUGGGCUACGGCGGAUACGGACUCGGCGGUUACGGAUUAGGCUAUGGCGGCUAUGGAUUAUUUGGAGGUUAUGGUGGCUGUGGAAUGAUGACAACCUGUUUUGGAAAAAAGAAAAAGAAAUAA